AUGUCUGAAGGCAAUGUUAAUAAAAUUGUGGAAAUGAUUUUAAAGCCUCUCAUAGAGGGCUUGUACAAAUCCAUCGGGCGUCAAUUUGGUUAUUUGGUUCACUGCAAGAAGAACAUUGAGGAUUUUGCAGAUGAAGUUGAAAAACUCAGCCUUACCAAGGCAAGGGUCCAGACAAGGAUAGCCGAGAACAAUGCCGAAGUCCUUCACGAUGAUGUUUUGGAGUGGCGGAGGAAAGCGCAGAGCAUGGAAGAUGACAAGAGCAGAUUACUCCAAAGCAAAUAUAAUCUCAAGUGUCUUGAUGUUUGCUCACGGUACCGAUUGGGUAAGGAAGGAAAAAAGAAGAAGCCUGACGUUACCAAGCUUAUAGAAGAUUGCAACAAUUUUGGCGAUGUUGGAUACCAACAUCCUCUCACUGGUAUUUGGCACAAGACAUAUAGCAUAAACUAUGAGAGUUUUCAAUCCAUGGAGUUUGUUUUUGAGGAGAUCAUGAAGGCACUAAAAGAUGAUGGGACUUACAAGAUUGGGAUACACGGAAUGCCUUGUGUUGGAAAGACAAGGAUGAUGGAAGAAGUUUCCCAACAAGCCCAAAAAGAGAGCCUUUUCGAUGAGGUUGCCGAGAUAGUUGUCUCCCAUAAUCCAAUUUUGACAGAUAUUCAACAAAAGCUUGCCAAAAGUUUGAAUCUGAAAUUGAAUGAAGAGCCUGAAAAUGCGAGAAAGGCGCGAAUAUAUGAUAGAUUGAGAAAUGGUAAAAAUAUUCUUGUAAUGGUAGAUGAUAUUUGGAAUAAUAAAAUUAAGUUGGAGGACAUUGGAAUAACCACUGUGGAUAAUCACACCAAGGGGUGCAAUAUUAUCUUGAUCUCUCGGAUAAAAGAGGUGCGCCUUUGGAUGUCCGAAAAGGAGUUCGAAAUUGGGGUCUUGUUCGGAACAUAA